CCAAAAAAAGCAUGCCACAAUAAAGAAAAGAGAAUUAUAAGUAUUGAAGAAAAGGAUAAAAGGACCACAUUCCCACUCUAUUCUCUCUUCAAAAUUUUUAUUCUAGAGAUGAUUUCCACAUCUCCUCCUCUUUCUUCUCCUCCCUCUUCUCUCAUGUUCUUCCCCUCUCUGUUCAAGCAAGAUUCCAAAAAUGCUCAACCAAGGAAACCAUGGUAUCUGCGAGCAAUGGAGGCCAUGAACAUGUGGAAACCUGCAACGAAAACUGGCACGAAUUCGGCAAAUUCAGACAACCCAAAGCUGAGGAAAUCCGGGUCUUUCAGACUGGCAUUUUCAUUCACUCGUGUCUGUCUAUGUUCUCCAAUCUCGUCCUAUAAUGAAGCAUUCUGGUCCGGGGUUCCGCCGAGGAGAAGCAGCAGCACAUUGCCAAGAUCUAAGUCCUUCCCGGAGCAUUCUGACAGAAUUUCAAGAACCAAAAGUUUGGCUGAGGGGAGGAGGGUUUUCAGAGGGAAGUCGCUUACUGAUGAUGUGCUGAUGAGGAGGUUUGUGGUGGAGGAAGCAGUGAUGCAGAUUAGGAGGAGAAAUCAGAUGGAGUUUGUGAGGAGGAAGAGCUCUAUUAAGAGAAGGAAACUCGGGCCUAGCCCUCUCUGUAGGAUGGUUUUGGCUGGAGAAGAAGAUUGAUGCUUAUUUGCUUGGAAAAUGUAG